AUGCCACCAUCCACUCCUAAAACCGAUAUUUAUUUGAACGUUUAUGAUUUGCAGGAUAAUUCUACCAUGUAUGUUUAUGGGCUCGGAAUCUAUCACAGCGGAUUGCAAAUUGGAGGUUCUGAAUUUACAUUCGGAAGAGAAGGAACAUUUAGUCACGAGCCAAAGAAGGCUCCGAUGGUUCCAUUGAGAGAGUCAAUUUAUUUGACAAGCGUGGAACUUCCAAGAGACAGAAUUAUGGCUAUAGUUGAUGAGGUUUCGAAAGAAUUUAACAAGCUGCGAUAUCAUUUACUAGAUAGAAAUUGUAACCAUUAUGCUAAGGCUUUGUAUGAAAGAAUAUUGGAUAGAUGUGGCAGACAGGUGAAAGAAUCAGCAGUGCCUAUUCCUGCAUAUGUCAAUAGAAGUGCAUGGUGGGGAUCAAAGGUUAAGUGCCUAAUGCCUCCUGAACUUUUAAACACACCAGUGCCCUCAUCUGCAGAGGGAACUGAGGCUGGUGACGAGGUUUCUUCAUUUACAGCAUUCCAGGGUAGCGGUAGGACAUUAAGUGGAAGAACAGUGACACCAAACGACAAGAAGAACAAGGGUUUUUUCUCCUCCCUUUUUUCUAAGGAUGACGCCAAGGAAUCUGAAAUGAAAUAUUAUGAGAAAAACGAAGAAAAAGAUAAUACACAUAAUAGAAGAGAGAAAUUGCUGAUGGCCGCAGAAAAAAGACUCUCCAAGGCACCAAUAUCUUCUGAUUAA